AUGGAGGUUGCUGAGAAGAUAACGCUUGGUGUGGCAUUAUGUCUGUUUUUCUGCAAACUUGCUUUUUGUGUUACAGACCCUGGUGACCUUGCUGUUCUCAAUCAGUUCAGAGAUGGGUUGAAGAAUCCAGAACUUCUCAAUUGGCCUGCCAAUGGCAACGACCCCUGUGGUCCUCCAAGCUGGCCUCAUGUGUUCUGCCAUGGCAACCGGGUUACUCAGAUUCAAGUUAGGGGCUUGGGGUUGAAAGGCACCUUGCCCCAAAAUUUCAAUCAGUUGUCUAUGUUGACGAAUUUAGGCCUGCAGGGGAAUGAAUUCAAUGGAAAGUUGCCUUCUUUUAGUGGGCUGUCUCAGCUGAGGUAUGCUUACUUGGAUUUCAACCAGUUUGACACUAUCCCAUCUGAUUUCUUCAUUGGCUUGGAGAGUUUAGAGGUGAUGGCAUUGGAUAACAAUCCUCUUAAUGCCACCAAUGGCUGGGCACUGCCAGAUGAUUUGCAAAAUUCAGCUCAGUUGACUAAUCUUACUCUGAUGAGUUGUAAUUUAGCCGGUCCUCUUCCGGAAUUCUUAGGAAAGAUGCCAUCUUUACAAGUAUUGAUGUUAUCCAACAAUCGAAUUACUGGGGGUAUUCCUGCUAGUUUCAAUGAGACCGUUCUGAAAAUCCUUUGGUUGAAUGAACAGUCUGGUGGAGGUAUGACUGGCCCAAUUGAUAUAAUUGCUACAAUGGGAUCAUUAACAAGUUUGUGGCUUCAUGGGAACCAUUUUUCAGGUAAAAUUCCACCAGAUAUUGGUAAUUUAGUUUACUUGCGAGAUCUUAAUCUGAAUGGCAACGACCUCGUUGGAGUCAUUCCUAAUAGUUUAGCAAACAUGCCUUUAGACAAUCUUGAUUUGAACAAUAAUCAUUUUAUGGGUCCAGUACCAGAGUUUAAGGCUGCAAAAGUUAUUUAUUCAUCCAACCCAUUCUGUAAUUCAACUGUUGGCUCUACUUGUGCACCUGAGGUUAUGGCACUUAUUGAUUUUCUGGAUGGAGUGAACUACCCGUUAAGGCUGGUUCAAUCAUGGUCGGGAAACGAUCCCUGCGUUGGGCAGUGGUUGGGAUUGACCUGUAACCGGAAUGGGAAGGUUGAAAUCAUGAAUUUGGCCAAGUCCAACCUUUCUGGUAGUCUGAGUCCUUCUGUUGCGAAACUUGAUUCGCUCACUCACGUAUAUUUAGAUUCUAACAAUCUUUCAGGACAUAUUCCUUCAAAUUGGACUGGACUGAAAUCUUUGGUACUUUUGGAUGUAACCAAUAACAACUUGUCCCCGCCUUGGCCAAACUUUAGUACUAGUGUACAUUUUAACUUCCUUGGGAAUUCACCUGCAAGUCCUAGUUCUUCUGGUACAAUUCCUUCACCAGAUGGUUCACAGCCCUCUAGCUCUACUCCUUCAUCAGCAAAAGGGCCAAAUUCUAGUAGCAGCAGCUAUUCUGCUGUCAAAGGAAGAAGUUCAGGAAAGUCCAAGUUGAUUGCUAUAGUAGCUCCGGCUGCAACUUUUGCCCUUCUGAUAUGUUUGGCUGUGCCUCUGUCCAUUUAUUUAAGGAAAAAGAAAAAGGACACAGGUCUACCUCCAAGUUCUAUUGUGAUUCAUCCCAGGGACUCAUCAGAUCCAGAUAGCUUGCUCAAAAUUGCAGUUGCAAGUAGUAAUGCUAGAAGCAUCUCAUCGUUGACAGGUAGUGGUUCUGCUAGCAGAAACAGUGGUGAUUCUCAUACCAUUGAGGCUGGCAACUUGGUCAUAUCAGUUCAAGUUCUUCGAAAUGUGACGAAAAACUUCGCCCCAGAAAAUGAACUUGGUCGUGGUGGUUUUGGGGUAGUGUAUAAAGGAGAGUUGGACGAUGGUACAAAAAUAGCAGUCAAAAGAAUGGAAGCUGCAGUAAUUAGUAGGAAGGCUUUGGAUGAAUUUCAGUCCGAAAUUGCAGUUCUCUCAAAGGUCCGUCAUCGGCAUUUGGUGUCACUUUUGGGUUAUUCCGUUGAAGGAAGUGAAAGGAUUUUGGUUUAUGAGUAUAUGCCUCAAGGGGCGCUCAGCAAGCAUCUAUUCCACUGGAAGAGUUUUAAACUGGAGCCACUAUCUUGGAAGAAAAGGCUCAAUAUUGCUCUCGAUGUUGCCAGAGGAAUGGAAUAUCUUCAUACUCUAGCUCAUCAAAGCUUCAUACAUAGAGAUCUUAAAUCUUCAAAUAUCUUACUUGGCGAUGACUUCAGAGCUAAAGUCUCUGAUUUUGGACUGGUGAAACUUGCUCCUGAGGGAGAGAAGUCUGUAGUGACCAGGCUUGCUGGAACUUUUGGAUAUCUAGCACCUGAAUAUGCGGUCACAGGAAAGAUCACAACAAAAGCCGAUGUCUUCAGUUAUGGGGUUGUGCUGAUGGAGUUAUUAACGGGGUUAACUGCACUUGAUGAACAUAGACCUGAAGAAAGCCAAUAUCUGGCGGCAUGGUUUUGGCAUAUCAAGUCCAGCAAAGAGAAGCUAAUGGCAGCCAUUGACUCGGCCCUAGAUGCAAAAGAAGAAAAAUUUGAGGCCAUCUUAACCAUGGCUGAACUAGCUGGUCACUGCACAGCGAGAGAGCCCAACCAACGUCCUGAAAUGGGACACGUUGUUAAUGUGUUAUCCUCUCUUGUUGAGCAAUGGAAACCGCUGGAAGAUGAUACAGAGGAAUACUGUGGAAUUGAUUAUAGCCUUCCUCUGAAUCAAAUGGUGAAGGGAUGGCAAGAAACCGAGGGAAAGGAUUCUGGUUAUUUGGAUCUUGAGGACAGCAAGGGUAGCAUUCCAUCAAGACCUGCUGGUUUUGCCGAGUCCUUCACUUCAGCCGAUGGGAGGUAG